AUGAUCCCGAUAACCCUCACAAUUGGUCGUUACGUCAAAAAGUGUGGAUAUCCGCUAUACCUAUAUACGUUUACGGUCUAUGCUGGAUCAUCUCUGUACACUUCCAGUGAGCAAGGUAUCAUGGAUGAUUUUCAUGUCGACCAGAUUGAGGCGACACUUGGGCUAGCACUGUACGUACUGGGGUACGGUAUGGGGUGCCUUCUGCUCUCGCCCCUCACGGAGAUACCAUCUGUCGGUCGAAACCCACCAUAUGCCAUCUCGGGCUUGCUUUUUCUCCUGCUCUGCAUCCCGGGAUCCUUGGUUCAAAAUUAUGCAGGGCUGAUGGUACUACGCUUUCUCCUCGGUCUCAUGGCGUCUCCUCCACUUGCCACGUCAGGGGCCUCUCUGGGGGACAUCUGGCGCCCGAGCAGUUUCCCAUUUGCAGUCGGAAUUUGGGCAGCUACGACAGCCAUGGGACCUGCUUUGGGGCCAACUCUAUCCUCGUUCGCUGUCAGGGCGCUCGGCUGGAGAUUUGCAAGCUGGGAACUGAUGAUCCUCGUUGGACCUACCUACAUCCUGCUCAUCGCCACAGUACCGGAGACAUCGGGCCUCACCAUCCUCUACUAUCGCGCUAAGCGUUUGGUGGAGCAGAGGGGAGAUCCGGCAAUCAAAUCCGAAGCUCAGAUGAAGAAAGAACAUCUUACCGUCAAUGGUCUUCUAUGGGAUGCGCUUGUGAAGCCAUGGGAACUGAAUAUCAAAGAUCCAGCUCUGUUAUUCACUACCGUAUAUUUUGGGUUGAUCUAUGGUAUAUACUAUACGUUCUUUGAGUCUUUUCCGAUCGUUUUUUCGGUUGACUACGACUUCAAGCCGGAGAUCACAGCUCUUAUAUACCUUGGUGCCAUUCCAGCGGGGUUUCUUGCAGUGGCCCUGCACUCUAUCUAUAUCAAACGUGUGCUCCCCAGGCUGAAAGAUGGCUCGUUUGGAGAUUUGGAGAACCACCUUGUUCUCGGCAUGAUAUUCAGUUGGCUUAUCCCGGGCGGCCUCUUCUUGUACGCAUGGUCUGCUCGUCCGUCUGUACACUGGAUAGCUCCAACGCUAGGCUUCGCAAUCCUGAUGUUCGCAAUGUACUUCGUCACGCAAAGCAUCUUCUCAUAUAUACCGAUGAUCUACCCGCGAUACGCCGCUAGCAUUCUUGCGGCCAGUAGCUUUGCCCGCAGUGCGUUCGCCUUUGCAGCGAUCCUGUUUGCCGGCCCCAUGUUCGAUGCGCUAGGAGUGGAUGGUGGUUUCGGGAAGAAGCUCAGAGAGCGCAGCCAGUUUGCCAUUGACUGA